GGGCGUUGCUGAUGGCUGUGAUGCUGCAGUGUGAGAGGUAGAGCUGGCGCAGCCCUCGCACUGCUACCAGCGCUCCCCAGUCCAGCUCCCCGGAUGGGAAGGAGGUGCCAGACUUGGACACAGCAGCACAACCCACAGGAAAAGCAGUGCUGGAGAGGGAAUUCCAUACCCCAAAAUGUGUGUGUGCUCAGAGCCCCAAGGAGCUGGGGAAACUGAGGCACAUGGCAAAAACCGCUGAAGCCUGGGGGCAAGGAGGGUUCUGCUCCCCUUCCCAGUUUGGGCCACAUUUGCACAGCCAAAUCCAAGUGCUUCCUUAAUUCAAUGGGAUCUAGGUCCUUUUACAUCUCCUUGCAGGAAGGAUUUGCAGCUCGCCCUCUGCACACCCCCAGCAGCUCACCCUGCUUCCUUCCCCCGCUCAAUCACCUCCUCUUCCUCCUCAGCAGCUGCAGCCCCAUCAUCUGUUCGGUGAGAGGGACAAGGGAGGAGGAAGACCCUACCCCUGAGAAGGUCACAAACCCUGGGCAGGCCCCCUCUUUCAGGGUCCUUCUUACACCCAGGUGCACUGUGCAUCAGCUACACAUUUUUGCUUCCCAGUUCCUGCUGCCACUGAGCAUAUUCUUGAGGGGGGUGGAGGGAGGGGAACCUUUCUAAAGAGGUUCUGUUCUCCCCAUAUCUCCAACCAAAAAGCUGCAGGCAGGCGAGAGGUGGCCUCAGAGCUCCCCUUCUCCAGACUGCUGCCAUUACACCAUGCUCUCUUCCUACUGGCAUGGCAAAACACCCAUCUGUGGUGCUCUCCUGCCCUCAUGCACCAUGCAGGGCUGAGCUGCAAGUGGAAGAGGAGCAGAUCCUGAGCUCCUUCCAUCCUACGGUGGGGGUGUGGAGGGAUAUGGGGGAACGCGGGUACCCUCUCAAGUCCCUGAGCCCACCUGGAGUUGUUGCUCUCAGCAGGAGACCACGCAGUCAAUCUCUGCAGGGCCUUGGGGCCUCCCUGCAUCCCCAGGUGCCCCCGCCCCCGCGUUGCCACCAAAAGCUCUGCCUGGGGAGCCCCGUGUUGGGGCUUCCGUCAGAAAACCAGAGGUGCCCUGUGACGCCACUGCACACAGAGAGCCCUGGGGGCCCGGGUGGAAACCAUCUGUUUCCCCAAAGGGAGAACCUGUGUUUGCUGCCAGGCAGAGCGUGGGCAUGUGUUUCCUCUGCAAACCUGAGAAAAAAGCAAGCAGAUUCAGAUCACUUCAACUCUCCCCCCAAAAUGGGUUUGUUCGGUCUGCCUGCAGCACCCUGGAUGCAGGGCGCUGGUUGUACAGAAUCGAUCGUGUCAAAUCUUCAGCAUGCUUGGGAGCACAACAAGCAUCAGUGAGUGGAGCCUGGAGCUGCCUCAAAGAAGCAGAGGGGAAACUGAGGCACAGAACGAGGGACAUGCACACAGUCCCCCAGAGCAGGGAGAGGGAGCGGGAUCUGCUUUACAGGGGCUUUUGCAACACUGCUGACCUAGGAUGGAGGGUACACAGGUUUCUGGCCACUCCUGCUGCCCCACAUUCCUCCUUGGCCUAUUCUGGAUUACACAGGGAUGUGUCCUCCUUAGGGUCAUUACAGAAUAACACCUUGGUGACGCACUGCCUUGGCAGUCACCAGUGUGCAUGGGGUCAGCACUGCCAAACUCAGACCCAUGGUGCUGGGGGAUCAGCUGGGGGAUUGGUGUCCCCAAUCCUGAACUGGACACUGUGUGCAGUCACAGUGGACAGCAUGAAGGCCCCUGGGGCACAGGGCUGUGCACAGACCAGGGCAAAGCAUACCAGAAGGCUGUCUGCCCAAAGGACAGCCUGGCUGCACAGCUCACCUCUUCCUUCCACUGUCCCAUGUUUCCAGCACCCUACCUUGGGUGGGCUGACCCACCACAUUCAGUGUGAGGGGGCUCUGGGACCCACGUCCAAGAAGUCAAGACCCGUUGCCGACUUACGGCUCUGUAAUCCCACUCAGAUGCACAUGCGGCUCCGCGAGCCCCGCAACAGCCACGCACCGCCCACCUUGUUGCGUGCCGCUGCCCCUUUAAGAGCACGUCGGGGGCGUGGCCGAGACCGGGCGAAGUGGGCGUGA